AGAAGAAGGAAAAAGAAAAGGAAACAAGUAAAAGGGAAAGGAAAGAAAGAGCGAGAGAGAGGAGGCGAGUGCGGAGAAGGCAAAAUAUUUCCGAGUUCGUGAUACUCUGAACAAGGCGGCUGCGCCCAGCAGAGAAUCGAAUCGAAGUAACACGAUGGGUUGUCAAGCCGUUGCCAAGCUCAUAGGAUCGGCCAUUAAUCGAAAAGCUUCUUCAUCUUCAUCAUCCUCCUUGUUUUCGCAGGCGGCGUCGCAGAUUCGGCAUUACGCAGCUGCACCGCCACCACCGCCGGCGGUAUUCGUAGAUAAAAACACUCGCGUCAUAUGUCAAGGGAUCACUGGUAAAAAUGGUACCUUCCACACUGAGCAGGCAAUCGAAUAUGGCACGAAAAUGGUCGGUGGUGUAACGCCCAAGAAGGGUGGAACCGAACACUUGGGUCUCCCUGUUUUUAACACAGUCGCUGAAGCCAAAGCUGAAACGAAGGCCAAUGCAUCAGUAAUUUAUGUCCCUCCGCCGUUUGCUGCAGCAGCUAUCUUGGAGGCGAUGGAAGCUGAGCUAGAUCUUGUAGUUUGUAUAACGGAAGGGGUCCCACAGCAUGAUAUGGUAAGAGUUAAGGCUGCUUUAAACAAACAAUCUAAAACUAGGUUGAUUGGCCCUAACUGCCCUGGUAUUAUCAAGCCUGGAGAGUGUAAAAUUGGAAUUAUGCCUGGGUACAUCCACAAACCUGGGCGCAUUGGCAUUGUAUCACGAUCUGGCACCUUGACCUAUGAAGCGGUUUUCCAAACUACUGCUGUUGGCCUUGGACAAUCCACGUGCGUAGGUAUUGGAGGGGAUCCCUUCAACGGGACGAACUUUGUUGAUUGCAUUGAGAAGUUCCUUGCUGAUCCUCAGACAGAAGGUAUUGUUCUAAUUGGAGAAAUUGGUGGGACUGCGGAAGAGGAUGCUGCUGCUUUGAUAAAGGAAAGUGGGACUGAGAAGCCUAUCGUUGGCUUCAUUGCUGGCCUUACUGCUCCCCCAGGCCGUCGCAUGGGUCAUGCUGGUGCGAUUGUUUCGGGUGGAAAAGGUACCGCCCAAGACAAAAUCAAGACACUGCGAGAAGCUGGAGUAACAGUGGUGGAGUCGCCUGCGAAAAUUGGCGUUGCAAUGCUUGACGUCUUCAAACAGAGAGGCCUUGUCAGUUAAAUCAAAAGCUCAUAUUUCAGAGUUUCGUAGUUCGUUCCAUUUUGCACAAAAUUUGGAGUUCCUGCUUCCACCUGAAGAAAAUGGUGUAAAAUCUUCAAUAAGGUACACCCAACUUUUCAUAUGAAGAUAUUUUUUGAGGCAUUCAAUGUUUCAGCCUCUUACUGCUGAGAUUCAUUUUAAAACUCGCAUGGAGAUACUUUUAUGUUUGAUUCAAUUAUCUGUUUUAUAUCAAGUUGUUAUUACUGCCAUCA